UCUGCUCACUCAUUGCAGUGAUGUACCGGCUGCCUGGUCUCCACUUCUCCUCCUCCUCCUCCUCCUCCUCUUCCUCUCCGUCCUCCUCCACGUCUCCUCAGCCAGUGGGUGUCCAGCAGCGAUGUUGGGGACUCUGUAGGAGCCUCUGGGGGAACGACAGAGUGGUGGCUGUAGCCCAGGUGGAGAGUCGCUGUGGAAACUGGAUGUGAAGUUUAUCUCCGAAAAACAACCAACAGCUCGGACAUUACCUCACUCAUGGCAAACUGCAAGAUGCAGCAACCAACCUCUCUGGCCGAAUGAAGACAACAUGGAAGGAACAGUGCAGUUCCUCUUAUGACCACUGGAGGCUGGCUACAAAAGCAAGGGAAUUUCCAAGGUCAUGAUUGACUCGCCCAAUGUGACAGCGUCCGGCCACCAGGAGCUGGGCCUGAAACCUGGGGAGCUGCAGAAGUCCAAUUGUGUCCUGGGCUUCAUCCCUGUCAUCUACUACAGCAUUCUGCUCUGCGUGGGAGUACCAGUGAACAUCCUCACAGCAGUGGCUUUGUCCAGACUGGCAUCCCGCACCAAGAAAGCUCUGUACUACUACCUACUGGCGGUGACGGGCUCAGAUAUUCUCUCCCAGCUCUUCAUCAUCUUUGUCGGCUUCCUGCUGGAGACGGCAGUUUUUCACCGCGAUGUCCCGACGCUCCUGCUGCACUCUGUCAGCGCUGCAGAGUUCGCCGCCAACCACGCCUCCAUCUGGUCUACCGUACCCCUCACUGUGGACCGCUAUGUGGCGCUGUGCCACCCCCUCCUCCACCGCCAGAUCAGCUACCCAGCCCGGGCCAGGAAGAUCAUCUUGAUGGUCCUGACGUUGUCGCUCGCAUCAGGCGUUCCCUUCUUUUGGUGGUCGGACAUGUGGAGGAACAGCCACCCGCCCACAGCUCUGGACACCGUCCUCAUAUGGACUCACGUAACUAUCAUCUACUUCCUGCCCUGCAGCAUCUUCUUGGUGCUGAACUCGUUGAUAAUCCACACGCUGAGGGUGAGGCAGAGGCAGCAGCCUUGCCAGGAGGAGCGUGGGCUGAAGUCCGUGCCUCCUUGGCGACUUGGGAAGACCACGGCCAUGCUGCUGGCCAUCACCUCGGUGUUCUCUGUGCUGUGGGCUCCCAGGACUAUAGUGGUCAUCUACCACUUGUACGUGUCCUCAGUUCACAGAGACUGGCGGGUCCACCUCGCCUACGACCUGUCCAACAUGCUGGCCAUGCUCAACACGGCCGUGAACUUCUUCCUCUACUGCUUCGUCAGUAAGCCCUUCCGCAGCGCUGUGCGGGAUGUCUUGCUGCUCAGGGGGGGCCCGCUGUAUCCUCGGCGUGCCCUGCCACAGCAGCAGGCCCCCCACGCCUCCAUCUCCUCUCUGUACAGUGGGAACAUCAAGCGCUCACAGCGGGACUCCACCCCCUUGUCACCUCGCAGGCCCAGAAAGCCUUCAUGACCCCGCGCCCCUUCCUCUUAAUCCAAAACACCCAUCGUCCCACGGUCCCUGAGCACUUCUGACCCCAGGGACACGCACUGCGUUCCAUCUACGACCGUGGACAUCUGCCAGUCAGCCCUGGAGCGUUCUCAAAGGGCCUAAAAUGAACUUACAAGAAGUAUGUUUUUUUGUAUUAUAAUAUGUCACUGGGUGUUGUUUGCCCAUGUAAAUCAGAUAAAAUGACAGCGUAUUUAUUUUUCUUCAGAAGAAUUUGACAAAAUAAAAGUAGGUUUUCUGUAUUUUUGUUUUUUCCAUACAUGGUAGCAAUGUGACAAAACAUUUUUUAUAUUGUUACGAGAAGAGAAGAAUAACAUUUUGUUUCCUCUGCGAUUAGUUAGGUCCUUUGUUAGUUCAUAGAAAGGGAAAAAAAUCGAAGAUAAAUAAUUUAAAUCCUUUCAUCUACCCAGUCCCACUUGUAUCGUAUUUACUUUGCUUCUAUCUACUUUAAACCACAAUAUCCCCUAUGGAAGCAGCAUAGAGGGAGAAAUAAGUGUUUUAAUCUGAACUGGCUGCUAUUUUCUGCAGUUGUGUAAAGAUGCUGAAUGUCCAACAGACAAUCCGCACUGCUGAGCAAAGCCAAUCGAGCAAAGAAAUGGUACUCUGUCUCUACACCGCGCUCCCAGGCACAAAACCCACAGCUGCUAAGGCGAGUGUUUAUUUUUCAUGAAAUGCAACUCGAUGGAGCCUCAAAUGAAAGCUUGCUGUUUAAGCGGCAGGAGUGAAGACCCUGCUCUUCAAACAGCCCCUCCGCUACAUCACCAACAUGGCCUCAGCUCUGGCUAAACAAACCACAGAUUAGCCUGAUGGUCUGCACAAACACACACAGAAACACACACUCUCAUGCAUGUACGAACACUUGCACACACACGCACACACACACACACACACAUCAGCUAGUACAUUUCCAUUUGCUGCAACAGGAAUUGUCAUGUAACAACAUCACAAUUUGAUGAAUAGUUUUCUGUUUCACUCAGUGAGUCAGCGUAAAAAGUGAAAAAUGAGAGAUCUGCACUUAAACUUCUAACAGUUAAUUUGCAUAUAUGAUUUAAAGUUUUGAAUGAGCCAUGUGUUGAUGUAUAAUUAGUGCACUUGAGAAAAGUGCUGUCACUAAUUUGUUCUGUCAAACGGCGUCACCUGGUUUCUGAUGGAGCCUGAGUCGAUGUAAAAGAAGUCUGAUAAAUGCCUUGACAUUGACCCUUGAUGUUUAAAAUGACACGCUGCAGCCACAUUUAAAUCUAGUUUUGUCUAACUGUCUAACAAGUUUAAAUAAUAUCCAUUUUACUGUGGAGUUCACAGCGAGGUACAGUUGUUAAUUCUUGGAUUUGUCAGUGUUUAGUCUUAACCUGUGCUUUAAAUUACCUUCAUGGAUGAGAGUCCCAGAUGCUCUGAAACAAAAGGAAUAUUAUGUUAGCAUAAAGCUUUCACUCUCACGUCUGUACUGUAGGCUGAGAGUCAGCAGACGGUUAGCUUAGCUUAGCACAAAGCACGGAAAGCAGCUCACCAGAAGCUCUAAAUCUCACUAACAUGUUAUGUCUUGUUUGUUCCAUACUGAAACUGAAGCGUAAAAAUGACUAACGUUGCACUGCAAAAUUUGAUUUAACUCUUAUUUGUACGGAUAUGUAACUAUGGAUCAUACAACUCUGCUGUUCUAGGCAGCUGUUAGC